CCUCAACCUGACCUGCGCCUCCUGUGUUGCUCAUUGUCCCACCAGCUGCAUGUCCCCUCAGGUGGGGAAUUGGGGCAGCAGGGUCCACUGCUGCUCCCCUGCUGCCUGAUUCCCUGGGGGCUGGGCCAGGCCCCCUGUGGCUGGAUCGUCUCCUCAACUGGAGGGUCCUGUCCCUUUCCUCCUGUGCAGGUGGGCUGGGGUCCAGCCACAUCCUUGCACCUCACAUGGCUGGGCUGCCCCCUCUACCUGGUGGGACUGACUUCCUCCCCCCAUGUCUGCCUGCUUGGUGGGGCUUGGCCCACCAGCCACAUCCAGUCUGUGGAUGGCUGGCACCCAGGGUGAAAAGGCUGGGCACCCCUGGUUGCUGAAUCCAAACUUUUUUGCUUAAGAGCAUAUGGUGGUGACGGCUGCUUCAAGGAGCCUGUUCCAGACACUUGAGUGCAAGCAGGGCGCUGUCCGUCUCGGCGGGCGCGUGGACCACGUGACGCAGUGGCCUGAAGACCCCAAGCUCCAUCCACACCCAAAGCACUGGAGUUUAGCUGCUGCUCUCUGUUCAGAACAGCUGAUACACUGUGCAUCCUUGCAUCAGCCAAACUCUCAACCAAAGAGGCAAAGAAGGAUGACACCUUUCUGGAGAGGGGUCUCCUCCCUCAGACCCAUUGGAGCCUCCUGCAGGGAUGACAUCGAAUGCGUCACAAUGCUAUGCAGGAAGAGCCACUGUUCCUUAAGAACUUCCCGGGAAUGAUCUGUCACUAAGGAAAAGAAAACAUUGCUUUUACCUCCGAUGAGGCCCCACUCGGCACGUGAAAUAUUUAUUAAACUGCCCUGAGUUAGGACAUUGACUUAUGUAAUGGCAUAUAUUUAGUAUUUGUGCCAGAACUAACGAGGAACUUCAGGAAGACUAAGUGCAUACACUGGACAGAGCUGCACCACUCCCAAGCAUGCCAGAAGAUGAGACUUGGGCCAAGCUCAGUAAAAGACCUUGCAUCUCAGGUUUUUAUAUUGUUUGUAUUAUACAUAUUUUUAUGCAAAUUAAAAUUUUGUGU